AUGCCAGCCGUGCGAGCAAUGGCCAAGCAGGUGGGGGCCUCGCCCAAGCGUCUCAAGCCGAUCAUGGACGCGGUUCGCGGCAUGAGCGUCAACCAGGCCCUCGAUCACCUGAGCCUGAUGACCUCUCCCUGGGCGCGGUCGGUGGCCAAGGUGGUCCAGUCGGCGGCAUCCAACGCCGAGAAUAACGAGUUCAUGAACCGGAGCGAGUUGCGCAUUACGCGCAUAUCAGCGGACCAGGCGCGCCCGCUGAAGCGUUUCCGCCCCCGCGCCAGAGGCCGGAUUGGACGGGUUACCCGCCGCUCCAGCCACAUCAUCAUCGAAGUGGACGAGAUACAGGAGAGCUAA